AUAUACUUAUAAUAGCAGAUAAAGGACAGAGCAAGCAUGGCCGGGAUCACAAGCAGCAAGGUUUUGGUUUGGUGGGUGGUCACGGCACUGGUGCUGGUCAUGGCACUGAUGGGUGCAGCCAGGGGAGCCACUGGCUUGUGCAGCAUAGACCCAAACAAGCUGGAUCUUUGUCGGGCUGCGGUCACCGGGGAGUCACCACCACCGCCAACCAGACAAUGCUGCAGAGUUGUGAGGAAAGCUGACCUGCCAUGUCUUUGUAGCUACAAGUCUGUUCUCCCGGCCUUCGGGAUUAACCCGACAAACGCCUUUGCAUUGCCCGCUAAAUGUGGCAUCAAGACACCACCACAGUGCAAAGCUUGAAGAGAAAACAGGGCAACAUCAUUUGAAGGCAUCUUCUUGUUCUUCUUCUUCUUCUGGUCUUCCAUGUUCGGAAGCUUUUGAUAUCAGCUUCUUAUAUAAUUAAAACUGUUCAUUAAAUUUUCAGCUUUAUGUAUUAAUGAAUCUCAUAAUAUUUGAA